AUGGGUUGGGCUGAGAAUGUCGACUCCCGCGUCGCCAAGAGCUUCGUCGGCCGUUGGUUUCGCCUAGAUGGCUCCGGUCAUUCCCGCGAGCGUAAAGGCUCCUACUUCCUCACCGAGAUGCGCGCCGGCCUCACCACCUUCUUCGCCAUGGCCUACAUCCUCGCCGUCAACUCGUCCAUCGUCUCCGAGUCGGGCGGCACCUGCGUCUGCAACGGCGGCGCCGACGACCCCCUCUGCAACAACAACGAAGAGUACGCCAUCUGCAUCCAGGCCAUCAAGCGCGACGUCGUCACCGCCACCGCCGCCAUCUCCGCCAUUGCCACCUUCUUCGUCGGCCUGCUCGCCAACAUGCCCGUCGGCAUCGCCCCCGGCAUGGGCCUCAACGCCUACUUUGCCUACACCGUCGUCGGCUUCCACGGCUCCGGCCCCGUGCCCUACAAGGUCGCCCUCACGGCCAUCUUCGUCGAGGGCUUCAUCUUCUUCGGCCUCGCCCUCUGCGGCAUGCGCCAGUGGCUCGCCCGCGCCAUCCCCGCCUCCAUCAAGCUCGCCACCGGCGCCGGCAUCGGCCUCUACCUCACCCUCAUCGGCCUGACCUACAGCAACGGCAUCGGCGUCAUCGUCGGCUCCCAGGCCACCCCCACCGAGCUCGCCGGCUGCCACCCCGCCAACCGCGACCCCAAGACCGGCGCCUGCCCGGGCUCCGACAAGAUGCGCAACCCGACCAUGUGGAUCGGCAUCUUCUGCGGCGGCAUCCUCACCGUCAUGCUCAUGAUGUACCGCGUCAAGGGCGCCGUCAUCGCCGGCAUCCUGCUCGUCAGCAUCAUCUCCUGGCCGCGCCCCACGCCCGUCACCUACUUUCCCUACACGCCCGUCGGCGACGACGCCUUUGACUUUUUCAAAAAAGUCGUCACCGUGCACCCCAUCAAGAACAUCCUCAACGUGCAGGAGUGGAACGUCAGCGAGUACGGCGGCCAGUUCGGCCUCGCCCUCAUCACCUUCCUCUACGUCGACAUCCUCGACUGCACCGGCACGCUGUACUCGAUGGCGCGCUUCGCCGGCCUCAUCGACCCUGUCACGCAGGACUUUGAGGGCUCCACGCUCGCCUACAUGACCGACGCCAUCUGCAUCUCCAUCGGCGCCGUGUUCGGCCUGCCCCCCGUCACGGCCUUUGUCGAGUCCGGCGCCGGCAUCACCGAGGGCGGCAAGACGGGCCUCACCGCCGUCAUGACGGGCUUCUGCUUCUUCAUCACAAUCUUCUUCGCGCCCAUCUUCGCCUCCAUCCCGCCCUGGGCCACCGGCUGCGUCCUCAUCAUCGUCGGCUCCAUGAUGGCCACGGCCGUCGUCGAGAUCAACUGGAAGUACCUCGGCGACGCCGUCCCCGCCUUCCUCACCAUCGCCAUGAUGCCCUUUAGCUACUCCAUCGCCGACGGCCUCAUCGCCGGCGUCAUGUCCUACAUCAUCCUCAACGGCUCCGUCUGGGCCAUCAAGAAGGCGUCGGGCGGCCGCAUCCUCCCGCCCAACUACGACGAGCGCAGCGGCUGGACCUACAAGAUCCCCGGCGGCGUCCUGCCGCCCUGGAUGGUCCGCCUGUCCAAGGGCGACAAGAAGUUUUGGAAGGAGGAGCCGCGCGCCGCGGCCCCCGCGACCAUGACGCAAAAGGAGGCCGAUCUUGCUUCGAAUCACGGCUCCGACCACGAGCAGCCCGCCGAGGCCCCGGUCACCACCACCAUUUCCGAAGGCCAUUCGAAACAGCAGUAG